GCAUCACACCCUUGGCGCAGUCGCGAUCUCUGCCUGUUUCUCUCAAUUCUCAACGCGGACUUGGUCUUCAAUCCACCAGUUUGGCAACAAAUCCCUCUACUUCGAGGAUUCCUUCCUGUUGCUAAACUUCUGUUUCAUUGUACUCCCUUUUCUCAACCUGGUUCUAGCAAGCAACAGAACCAAAGUCGCAAUGCCACCCCAAAGGGAUGGCGCGCCGAUGAGCGCCUUCGAGCGUCGUCGGCUGGAGAAUAUAGCGACUAACCAGGCGCUUUUGAAUAACGCCGCCGCUGUGGCCAAGAAGAUGACGCCUAAAACGACACCUAAAUCGACACCAACGAGAGCCAAGAGUAGGACUCGAAGCACUCCCGUGAAGCGGGAAAGCUCACGGCCAACCAGAAUGAGCUCCCGACUCGCUGGUCUCGACGCCGACAACGAAACCCUCAAAAGAAAAAUGAAAGUCGAGGAAGAGACGGCAGCAGAGCAGGCCAAAGCGAAAAAGAUGAGGGUCAGCGGUGACCUCAACCUCGGCGACAUAACUGUGGACGGGAAGAAGUGGGUGGCAGGAAUUGGAGGUCUUAAAGGCAUUAUCCGAGGCGCGCAACCCGGUGUGAGGACUUUCACGGAAGACGACUUGACCGAAACGACGGACAAAGGACUCAAAGACUUGAGGUUGCGGAUGGGAGGACUCAAGUUAUACGAGCAUUGGGCGCCUAACGAAAUCAAGAUCACGCCCCAACGGGCUUAUGCCCUUGGAUUUCACCCCACCGAAUCCAAGCCCAUCAUUUUCGCAGGAGAUAAAGAAGGCGCGAUGGGUGUUUUCGAUGCAUCUCAGACAGCUCCAGAAGUUGACGAUGAUGACGAUGACGCCCGUAUCCCGGACCCCAACAUCUCAGCUUUCAAGACGCAUUCCCGCACAAUUACGUCGUUUGUGUUUUCCCAACACGACACGAACAGCGUUUAUUCGGCGUCAUAUGAUUCAUCAAUUCGAAAAAUGGAUCUAGAGAAAGAGACUUCUAUCCAAAUGUAUGCUCCGUCAGACGCAAACGACGAGUUGCCCAUCUCGGCACUGGACAUGGCAGAUUCGGAGCCGAAUCUGCUCUUCUUUUCCACUCUAGAUGGUGGCGUCGGCCGUUACGAUAUGAGGACACCUGGUGAUGAUGCGGAAAUUUGGACCCUUUCAGAGCAGAAGAUAGGAGGUUUCUCGCUCCAUCCCCUACAGCCUCACCUGGUUGCUACCGCAUCUUUGGACCGGACUCUCAAAAUCUGGGAUCUACGAAAGAUCACUGGAAAGGGGGACUUGAGACACCCUGCCCUUAUUGGGGAGCACGGGUCGCGCUUGUCAGUGUCGCAUGCCUCAUGGAGUCCUGGUGGACACAUUGCCACGUCUUCAUAUGAUGACACGAUCAAGAUCUAUGACUUUUCAGAAGCGGGAAGCUGGAAAACUGGGAAGGACAUUGACUCAAAAGCGAUGACGCCCAGCCACACUGUUCGACAUAAUAACCAGACGGGACGCUGGGUGACGAUCCUCAAGCCGCAGUGGCAGAGGAGGCCGAACGACGGAAUUCAGAAAUUCGUUAUCGGAAACAUGAAUCGGUUUGUCGAUGUGUUUGCCUCAGAUGGCAGUCAACUUGCCCAGUUGGAUGGUGAUGGUAUCUCAGCAGUGCCAGCCGUAGCUCAUUUCCAUCCCACAUUGGACUGGGUCGCGGGGGCCACUGCUAGUGGAAAGUUGUGCCUCUGGCAGUAGCCCAGUCCGGCGGAUCUGACAAAGAGUGGAUGUGUACAUGUAUAUGGAUAGAUGGCUGGCUGGCUUUGAUGUCCUACGGGAGUUGGAUGUCUUGUAACGGUACGAAUGGAUGGAAUGUUUCGUUGAAUUAUGUCGAACGGCGGGAAAUGGCACUGUUGCCUCGAGAGCAACCAAAAGGCUAGGACCGAAAGCGAGGCUGCGCCGGA